CCGCGUUAAUCUCCCCCUCUUACAAAAAAAACCAUUCCACAAAACACAACCAAACACUCACCGCCAUGAGAAGUCUUCUUCUCCCUCUUCAAUGGCAUUUAACUAUUACUCUCUGUCUCUCCUUCUCGUUGUCUCCUCCUCCUCCUCCUUCCUCUGCUUCUCCUUGCCCACUGUCUCCAUCUCCCACACCUCUGAUCAAACCCUCGUAUGUUCUCUCACCAACACCUCUCAUCUCCAGUGCACCACUUUCCCACUCAAUCCUAUCCCGUUCUCUUUAACCGGUACGCUCCAAAACCGUAGAUUCUCCGGUUUAGUCUCGGGAAACGGGUUUGUAUGCGGUUUGAGAUCUCCCCUAGGUUCCAACGCUUCUACAAUCCUUUGCUGGAGAUUCUCCACCAACGGAGCUAACAUGACGUACAAAAGAAUCUACAAAGGUCCUGCGCUCAAAGAGUUAGAAGCUAGCACUUCCCGUAUAUGCGGAGUUGAGAACGUCACGAACCGCACACGUUGCUGGCAGCCUGUCUCUCCUCGUCCACGGUCGGAUAACCACGACUCCCUCGCCCUCGGGGAGGACUUUCUAUGUGGCUUAUCCAAGCCACCUGGGAGAAUCAGCUGUGAAGGUAAAGGGAAUAUAACCAAGCCCCCUAGUGGGGACCGCUUCAUAGCCAUCGCGGCUGGGUCAAGCCAAGCGUGCGCCAUCACAGUAGACAGCGGUGUGGAGUGUUGGGGACAACAAACAUAUACCUCUCCGCCAAGUGAAAAAUUCUCAGCGCUUGCGGUCGGGGAAAACCGUAGCUGCGGUGUUAGAUGGGUUAACGGAACAGUAACGUGCUGGGGAAGUAACUACAGUUUACCUCGGAGACUUGAGAACGUUGAGUUCACAUCUAUAUACGCGAACGGGCUAAUCUUUUGCGGUGUAGUUAGAGAAAACUACACUCUCUAUUGCUGGGGAGAUGAUGAGAGUGUUUUCGCUCCGUUCCAAGACCAAACUGUACUUCCAGGACCGUGCCGAGAAGAAUGUCCUUACGGUCAGUUGUCAGGAUCAGGUCCGUUAUGCGGUAAUGGAUUGAAGAUUUGUGAUUCUAUGAACAUAGUUCUCGUCCCGGAUACGCCACGUGGGGAACAAGACUCUAAUGACAAGACUUGGAGUAGAAAAAACAUUGCGUUUCUUGUGGUCGGAUGCGUUGGAACGUGUUCUUUACUCCUUGUUGUCGGAUUCUUGGUUUAUAAAAGUCACUGUCGAUGCCGUGUUCAUGACUCUGGACGUCUUGACGAUAAUAGGAUUAUUGUGGACGAAGAGCCUAAGCUCGAGAAGAGGCUGAGUAGUUUAGCUAGUUUAUGCAACCACGGGCAGCUCGUGGAGUUCACUAUCGAGGAGCUGGCUCUAGCCACGGAUGGUUUCUCUCCCCGGUUCCAGCUAGGGAUAGGAAGCUUCGGGAUUGUUUACAAAGCUGUUCUGUCUGAUGGACGACUUGUCGCUAUAAAACGAGCCGAACUAACGAACCCUGCUUCCUCCGGGAUAACGAGAAUCCGAAACAGACGAGAGGACAAUGACUCAGCGUUCGUCAACGAGCUAGAGUCUAUGUCGCGGCUCAACCACAAGAACCUCGUUAGACUUCUUGGUUUCUACGACGACGCGGAGGAGAGGGUCUUGGUAUACGAGUACAUGGCAAACGGGUCUCUCGCGGACCACCUUCACAACCCUAGACUCGAGCCUCUGACGUGGGAGAGACGCUUGGCGAUCGCUCUCGACGCAGCGCGUGGGAUACAGUACCUCCACGACUUCGCCGUGCCUCCGGUGAUCCACCGCGACAUAAAGUCGUCAAACAUACUGCUUGACGCCACGUGGACGGCGAAAGUGUCUGACUUCGGUCUCUCUCAGAUGGGUCCCACCGAGGAAGAGGAGGUGUCGCAUCUCUCGUUGAGAGCAGCUGGUACGCUGGGGUAUAUAGACCCGGAGUACUACAGGCUCCAGCAGCUCACGACCAAGAGUGACGUUUACAGCUUCGGCGUCGUGCUGCUCGAGUUGCUGUCGGGACACAAGGCGAUACACAUGAACGAGGAAGAGAACCCAAGGAACGUGGUGGACUUUGUCGUGCCUUAUAUUUUGCAAGACGAGGUUCAUAGAGCACUUGACCGGAGGAUACCGCCGCCCACGCCGUACGAGAUAGAGUCCGUGGCGCAUGUCGGGUGCUUAGCGGUGGAGUGCGUCGUACCGUGUGGCCGAGAACGGCCGUCCAUGGCGGAGGUAGUGAGUAACCUAGAGAAGGCUUUGGAUGCUUGCUUAGCAGCUCCACAGACCGAACCACUAUCAAGUUCCGCUAGUGAUUAGCCACGUGUCACUUUAUUUUUUUUGUUUAUAUUAUUUUCAAUUCUAUUGGUCUUUCCUUA